GAGAGUGAAAGUGGUUCCUCUCUCUUUCUCUCCCUCUCAUACACUCAUACGCUCUCCUGCAGGAGGACAGACCCAUCGCCUCUGACCACAGCCCCCCCCUGCCCUUCCUCACCAUGAGAGCCGCCCUCCUGCUCCUCCUCGUCAUCACCAGCCUUCUCUGCCUCGCCAGGGCCCAGAACCAAGCUCUGAUGGACUACCUGGAACAGAGGCUGCUGGCCAUUGAGAACCGCAUCUCCACUUGGCACGAGCAGACCAACCGCUACGCCCAUGAGCUGCGGGAGUUUAAGCAGCAGAUGGUGGGUCUGCUGGAGAACCAGGACAAGGACCGGGAAUUCAUGCGCACCGAGCUGAGCGGGGUGGGGACGCGAGUGGACCGCAUGGAGAGGGAGAUGGACUACCUGGAGACCCAGAACGGGGCGCAGCCCUGCGUGGAUGUGGACGAGAAGCUGGUGGAGCAGGAGGUUACUGUCGUCAAGGAGAAGAACAAGGCCAAGUACUCCAAGCUCACAGAAUGCCGGGACAUGAUCUCCAGCAUCAAGGCCAUGAAGAUCCUGAAACGUGUGGGCGCACCCAAAGGCAUGUGGACCAAGGACACGGGAAGCAGCUCUGCCCGGGUCUACAUCUUUAACGGGACCAGCGAGGACACGCUAUACGAGUUCAGCUCUGUCCGGGACUUCACCGCGUCCUCCGGGCUGUCCCGAGGGAAGGCCAUCCAGCUCCCGCACCCCUGGGGUGGCACCGGCCACACCAUCUACAACGGCUACGCCUAUUACGUGAGGGAGGGGGACGAGUUCCAGGUCAUUAAGUACGACCUGCGGAACGGGUCCGUGGUGGACAGCGUCGUGUUCCCGGCCCGAGACCACGUCCCCGUGUACAGCCUCACUCCCGAAACCUACAUCGACCUGGCGGCCGAUGAGGAGGGCCUCUGGGCCAUCUACGCCACCCGGGAGAACGAGAACAGCAUCUGCCUGGCCAAGGUGGACCCCGUGACGCUGGACAUCGUGCAGAUGUGGGACACGCCCUGCCCCCGGGAGAACGCCGAGGCGGCCUUCGUCAUCUGCGGGACGGUGUACGUGGUCUACAACACCCAGCUGGCCAGCCGCUCGCGCGUGCAGUGCGUCUUCGACGUCAGCGACAUGGUGACCAAUGACGACGCUCCGCUGGUCUACUUCCCCAAGCGCUACGGGGCCCAUUCCAGCCUAAAGUACAACCCCCUGGAGCAGCUGAUCUACGCCUGGGACGACGGCUACCAGAUUCUGUACAAGCUGGCCAUGAAGAAGAAGCUGGAGGUGUGAAGUAGACCCCCAAGUUUGUGCUGGUAUAAUGAGUCACGGUCCCCCUAAACCAGGUGUUUAAACUAAAUUCCCAAGGGGCCACAGUGUCUGUGGGUUUUUCUGGUUUCCAGUCAACUGCCAAUUAAGGCCUUGAGAACAAGGUGUGUGGAUUAUUUAGCUAAUCAAUGACUUAAAUGAACACCCCAAAAACCAGCAGACACUGUGACCCUCAAAGACUGGAGUUAGGCACUUGUGCCUUAAGCCAUCAAGGAUCUGGGCUAUGUGGCUUAUCUUCUAGUCUAAAUGUCCUGCUCUUUCUUUACAACCUUACUGUGAGACUCAAAUGUUAUUGGGUUUUAUUUUCCCAAAUACAGUAGCAGACCCUUUAGGUACCUUUCACUGAAAAUAUAAAUGUAUAUAUUUUUUAACAUCCUCAGAUAUAUUUAGGAAUACUACCUUUUUUCUUGGGUAAGGGAGCACAGAUACUGUAUGUUAUUAAAAGAUUAAUGUACGUAUUUUUUAGAUGGACAAGGACUGUUUAAGGGGUCCAGCUACAGAAACUGGCAGCUGCAGCGACAUUACAGCACUCAUUCAUAGUUUAUUCCAGUAGUUUUUUCCUUACUGUAAAAUCUUGAGAGAAAAAACUAAACCGUGUUAUAUUUUCCCACUGUGUCAGCAUCACAAUUUUCGUUCAUGUUAUUUAAAGGUCAGCUGCCUCUGCCAUAUGACUGAUCUAUGCAGAUGGAAUGCAGUAUGCAGAAAAUUGCAGUAUCAUAUCUUAUCCCAUGCCAUUUAUAUUAAUAUGGUGUAUUCCACUAUCUUUCAGCAACCAAAAAUGUCUAAGUAACAAAAGUUUCAUGAUUCUUUUAAAACUUGCAUCAUACAAUUUGUGCUUAUACUGUACACAAGCUCGUCAAAAUAAACAACCAUUCCUGAA